UCAUAUACAAAAGAACCAACACAGUAGCAGCCCGGAAGCCAUGGCCAAGUGGAAUUUUCCAGGUGAGGAGGACCACGGCGCCUUUUGGAGGCCCGAGGUCGACGAGCUCGUCCAGGAUCUCCCCAGCAGAGGCGAGGAAGAGCAGAUGGAUGAAAGGACCGAUGAGGGCGUGGCCGAGUACUUUGUGGCUGGGAUGCUGAAGGCCAGGGAGGAGGGCCUAGAUCUCUUCGCUCGGACUCCAACGCGCGGCCAGGUGUGCCGGGUCUCCGCCCGUCCUGUCCGGCCAUCAAGCAAGGGUGCGCCCUCUCAGGAGAGCGACGCAAGGCCACCAUGGAACCGGUCCACGGUGCCGAAACCGUGGUCCAGUGAGGGCUUUAAGGUGAAUCAUACCCGAUGGUCGGCGUGGGCCUUGCAGGAAGAUCGGAGGUCCCUAGAGGCACAGGCACGGGAUCGCCGGGUCCAAGUCAUGUGCAACGAGCUCUCCCGCUACCUCCACGAACGGCCCACGUCGGGCAGCGAUGGUGGAGCCUUGUCCCGGCGAAGUCCUUGACUGAGAAGCUGUUUUCAGGUCCAAGAAACGGGGAUGAGGAGGCGAGCCUCAAGGUAUCGGCAGGGAUUUGCUUUACCAUGAGUUCAAGCAUGAGAUGGCC